AGCUCUCUACAGGGAAGUCAUGCUGGAGACCUCUUGAGGAGGUGUGGCCUCGUGGCAGGAGAUGAGCAGUGGAAUGAGGCGGAUGAGGAAGGGCAUCAGCUAUUGCCAGAUAGAGUCAAAAAUGAAGAGAUUAUAAGACAUGCCAAGAAUCAAGGUGGACUGAAGAGACAGAAAAGAAGUCAUGAGGUUAAGAAGAGGGAUAAGGAUUUCCAUGAACUAAUUCAGACAGUAGGGCAAACAUAUAACUGCUUGGUUUGUGGACUAAACUCCUCAGAUCAAACCCAAUAUGAGAUCCAUUUGCAAAUGCACAGUGGAAAGAAGACGCAUAAAUGCUUGGAGUGUGGAAAGAGUUUCCUUAGCAGAGAAGCGAUCCUUAGUCAUCAAAAAACACAUGCUGAAAAGAAACCCUACCGCUUUUCAGACUGUGGCAAUAGCUUCUCACAAAAAUCAGACAUUGUUCAACACCAAAGGCUUCAUUCAGGAGUGAAGCUGUUAAUCUGCCAAGCAAUAGGAAUAACAUUCUCUAAUAGAAGAAAAGGUAAGGUACAUAUUCCAAAGAACAAUAUAAUGAAGGCACAUAAAUGCUUUUGGUGUGGAAAGUACUUCCAAUGUAGAUCAGAUCUCCUUGUGCACCAAACAAUACACACAGGGAAGAAAACUUUUAAAUGCACAUUGUGUGGAAAGAGAUUUAGGCAAAGUUGCAGUCUUCAACAGCAUCAAAGGACACACACAAGGGAGAAACCAUUUAAAUUCUCAGACUAUGGAAAGAGAUUGAAUCAGAGUAUCAAUGUUCAAGUGCAUGAAAGAACCUACACAAGGAAGAAACCUUUUCAAUGCUCAGAAUGUGGAAAGAGAUUCAAUCAAAGUAGCAGUCUUCAAAACCAUCAAGAAACCCAGAGAAGGGAGAAACCUUUUGAAUGCUCAGAAUGUGGAAAGAGAUUUAGUCGCAGUGGCCACCUUCAACGCCAUCAAAGAAUCCACACAGGGGAGAAACUUUUUGAAUGCUCAGAGUGUGGAAAGAGAUUCCGUCACAGUAGCAGUCUUCAAAGCCAUCAAAGAACCCACACAGGAGAGAAACCUUUUGAAUGCUCAGAGUGUGGAAAGAGAUUCAACUGCCAUGGCCACCUUCAAAGCCAUCAAAGAAUCCACACAGGGGAGAAACCUUUUGAAUGCUCAGAGUGUGGAAAGAGAUGCAGUCGCAGAGGCGACCUUCAAGUGCAUGAAAGAAUCCACAUGGGGGAGAAACCUUUUGAAUGUCCAGAGUGUGGACAGAGAUUCAAUCAGAAUAGCAGUCUUCAAACGCAUCAACGAACCCACACAGGGAAGAAAUGUUUUGAAUGUUCAGAAUGUGGAAAGAGUUUCAGUUGCAGGGGCAACCUUCAAAAGCAUCAAAGAACCCACACAGGGGAGAAACCCUUUGAAUGCUCAGAGUGUGGAAAGAGAUUCAGUCGCAGUGGCAACCUUCAAGUGCAUCAAAGAACCCACACAGGGGAGAAACCUUUUGAAUGCCCAGAAUGUGGAAAGAGAUUCAGUCGCAAUAGCCACCUUCAAGUGCAUGAAAGAACCCACACGAGGGAGAAACGUUUUGAAUGUCCAGAAUGCGGAAAGAGAUUCAGUCGCAAUGACCACCUUCAAGUGCAUGAAAGAACCCACACGGGGGAGAAACCUUUUGAAUGCCCAGAAUGUGGAAAGAGAUUCAGUCAAAGUGGCCAACUUCACAUGCAUCAAAGAAUCCACACUGGGGAGAAACCUUUUGAAUGCCCAAAAUGUGGAAAGAGAUUCAGUGGCAGUGGCCACCUUCAAAGCCAUCAAAGAACCCACACAGGGGAGAAACCUCUUGAAUGCCCAGAAUGUGGAAAGAGAGUCUGUCACAGUGGCAACCUUCAAAUCCAUCAAAGAACCCACACGGGAGAGAAACCUUUUGAAUGCUCAGAGUGUGGAAAGAGAUUCAGUCGCAGUAGCAGUCUUCAAGUGCAUCGAAGAAUCCACACUGGGGAGAAACCUUUUGAAUGCCCAGAAUGUGGACAGAGAUUCAGUCGCAGUAGCAGUCUUCAAGUGCAUCAAAGGAUCCACACUGGGGAGAAACCUUUUGAAUGCCCAGAAUGUGGAAAGAGAUUCAGUUGCAGGGGCACCCUUCAAGGCCAUCAAAGAACCCACACGGGGGAGAAACCUUUUGAAUGCUCAGAGUGUGGAAAGAGAUGCAGUCACAGAGGCGACCUUCAAGUGCAUCGAAGAAUCCACACUGGGGAGAAACCUUUUGAAUGUCCAGAGUGUGGACAGAGAUUCAGUCAGAGUAGCAGUCUUCGAACGCAUCAACGAACCCACACAGGGGAGAAACCUUUUGAAUGCUCAGAGUGUGGAAAGAGAUGCAGUAACAGAGGCGACCUUCAAGUGCAUCGAAGAAUCCACACUGGGGAGAAACCUUUUGAAUGCUCAGAGUGCAGAAAGAGAUUUAGUCGGAGUGGCAGUCUUCAAAAGCAUCAAAGAACCCACACGGGGGAGAAACCUUUUGAAUGCCCAGAAUGUGGAAAGAGAUUCAGUUGCAGAGGCGACCUUCAAGUGCAUGAAAGAACCCACACGGGGGAGAAACCUUUUGAAUGUCCAGAAUGUGGGAAGAGAUUCAGUUGCAGUGGCCACCUUCAAAGCCAUCAAAGAACCCAUAAAAGGGGAGAAAUGUGGAAAGGGUUUCAGUCACAGCAGCAGAUUUCAAAGCAAUCAAAGAAACUAAACAAGGAAGAAACCUUCUGAAUGCCCAGAGUGUGCAAAGACAAUCAGUCACAGUAGCCAUCUUGAAAUGCGUCAGAGAAACCAUACAUAUGGUAAACCUUUUAAAUGUUCAGACUGUAAAAAGAGAUCCAGUCCCAGUUGUGCUGUUCAACAGAAUUAAAUAGCUCAAUAAAGGAGAGAUCUUUUAAAUGC